CAUAAACUUAGGAGCUUCAGGUGAUGCCAUAAAUAUCAAACUCAUCAAGUUUGAAAUUGACAUUUAUUUUAUCUAGCUCCUAACUUACUUUCGGUCUCACUUAUCAACGAGAAUUAGCAAAAUCAUGGCUGAAGCCGAUGCUCCCUCCGCACCCAAGGGGGCGGAUACGCUCGCAGACACUCCAUCCCUGAAGCGUCGGGGAAGCUCCUCACAACAGUCAGAGACAUCGCAGACGGCAGCAGAAUUCAUACGCGAACAGAUGCAAUUGGAAGCUGAUGCGCGCGAGGCCCUGCCAUAUAGCAUCAAGGAUUGCACGAAGUCUCUAGGCCCCCUACGUCAGGCCGUCUUCUCCUGCCUCACUUGUAACCCCCCACCAUCGGAUCCCAAAGCCCCAUAUGAUGCCGCCGGAGUCUGUUAUGCAUGCUCCAUACAAUGCCACGGCGAGCAUACACUUGUCGAAAUCUUCACCAAGCGUAACUUCACCUGCGACUGUGGUACCACCCGGUUUUCGAGCACGAACCCAUGCAGCCUGCGUGUAAACCCAGAGACAAACAGCAAAGGCGUCCACUCGGAGACUGCAUCCACAAACAAGUACAAUCACAACUUCCGCAACAGAUUUUGCGGUUGCGAAUGCGACUAUGAUCCGUUCGAGCAGAAAGGCACCAUGUUCCAGUGCUUGGGUCUUGGCACACAUGAAACUGGAGGCUGUGGAGAGGAUUGGUGGCAUCCUGGCUGCCUCGUGGGUUUAGGCCCGGCAUGGUUUGAGAACAUGGAGAUAAAGAAACAAGCCGUGAAAGUAGACACCGGUGAUGCUUCAGUCACUACCAAGCCGCUCGAAACUAUCAGUGAGGAUACGGAAGCAACCAACGGGGCAGACUCUGCCGCUGCGGGUCCUACCAAUGCGGAUCCGCCUGCGGCAAUGGAAGAAGGGGAGGACGAUGAUCCACCCAUGCCGCCCGGCUUUCCAGAGGAGGAUGCUUUCGAGUCUUUUCUGUGUUACAAGUGUGUCGAUGCAUACCCAUGGGUAAAGCGCUAUGCCAGCUCUCAAGGCUUCCUUCCUCCCGUAUUUAGCAAGCAGACCACCAAUGGCACUGCUCCAACAUUGGAAUCCAGCGCGGCUUCUCCCCCAGAACUGGGUUCACAGAAACGAAAAGCAGAGGAUGAUGGUGAGUAUGCUGUGGAGGUUGAGUCUAAGCGGCACAAAACGGAGGAGCCUGCACCCGCAGUGACCUCGACGGAAAGCCGUCCAGAUACCAAACCGGCCGACAAGCCCGUCUGCAAAAUCAACAAAUUGCCACCCGCCCCAUCCAGCCAGUUUUCUCUCUUCUUCAAAGAGGACUUUCGUGAGCACCUCUGCCGCUGCGAGGCAUGCUUUCCCCUCCUGAAACCACACCCGCAACUACUCGAAGAGGAGGAGACGUACGAACCACCAGUUUCAGAGGACGGGAACGGCUCCGAGCACGGGUCUACCCAGGGGAGCUUGCUAGAGAUGGGUGAGAGCGCGCUUCGCAACGUGGACCGCGUGCGCGCCAUCGAGGGUGUCAUGGCAUACAAUCACCUCAAAGACAAGCUGAAGACGUUCCUGCAGCCCUUUGCGCAGAGUGGGGAGGCGGUCUCGGCCGAGCAUAUCAAAGAGAUCUUUGCCAAGAUGCGAGGUGACGACGAGGCGAUCAAAGAGGCCGCUGAGGGAGCAAAGAAGUCUUCUGAUAAUAGGCGCGAGCAGAGUGGUUACUGAUUCAGCUCGAACGUCUUCCAGAAUGGAACUUGGUCUGUAAAAGCUUUCCAGAGCCCAGCGGAUCACGGGGAGACGUUCGAGUUGGAUGUUAUUCUGUAUUUGUAUUGACUUUUCUCCCUCACUGCAGUGUUUAGCUGUCUGCCGACCUACCUUCUUAGUGAAGCGCCAUAUGGGGCGAUGGAAGGCUAGGUUCAUGGGCGCUAUGAGUGUUGAAUAUUGUGCCGGUAUCGUGGUCUUUGUUGAUAAUAACCGCAGGAACAGUCUGAAUAUAAUGG